AACCAGACAAAUACAAAGAAGAAGAAGAAGAAGAAGAAGAAGAAAGAAGCUCACAAAUCGACUCUCCGUUCAUCGCCGUUUUUUGAAGGGGAGGGAUCAAAUGGAUAACAUUGUGGAUUCAUUGAACAAAGCCUACGAGAAGUUUGUUCUUGCUUCAGCUGGUGUUCUUGAGUCUAAAGAGAGUGCGGGUGGGCAAAAAGCAUCUGUCACUGAUGCUGCGUUGGAGAAUUUCAAGGAGAAAUGGGAACUGUUCCGUGUAGCUUGUGAUCAAGCGGAGGAGUUUGUGGAGUCAGUGAAGCAGAGAAUUGGAUCUGAGUGUUUAGUUGAUGAGGCUACUGGUUUAACUACUACUGCAUCAGGAAACUCUGGAGGCCAAGCACCAGCUGCUGCUGCGGGUGCUGCAACUAGUCUCCCUCCUAUUAGUGCAGUGAGGCUUGAACAGAUGAGUAGAGCGGUUCGAUGGCUUGUUCUCGAGCUGCAACGUGGCUCUGGUGUAGCUCCUGGUUCUGUUCAUUCCUCCUCUACCGGGUUUGAUGCUAGAUUCUCUGAAGACUCGGCUCAAUAGCGUGCCGUGCCUACACACAUGUUUUCUAAGUUCGAAAUACGCUGCAACCGCAGCUCCAUAACUCGUGAGUCGUUGUGAUAGGGAAGAGUGGCCUAAUCAGUGUUAUGUUCAUGUGAUUGAACCAAGCAAGAAGCAACACUUGGUGUUUCAUUUGUAGGACGUUUGACUCUUACUAAAUAUUGUGCAUUUAG